UGGAUGUUUUCCCCCACCAGAUGUGUGAGGAUUUGAUUUUUAAAUUGGUUGGUCAUGAGCUUGAAGAUAUAUCUAUACUCGAUAUUAAGCCUUGGGUAAUGCAUGCUGAAGUUGCUGAGAAGUUUUUGUCCUUUGAAAACCAAGUUUUUCUAGCUGGUGAUGCCGCUCAUCGUUUUCCUCCAGCCGGUGGAUUUGGCAUGAAUACUGGGAUUCAGGAUGCUCAAAAUCUUGCUUGGAAGCUGGCUGCAGUUGUCAACGGUAUUGCUCCAACCACACUUCUCAUCACAUAUGAAACAUAA